AUGGGCAGGAGCCAUCUCCCAUUGUCUUGGAGCCAGGCCCUGAGCCCCCGGGCUAAACAGGAGGCCAGUGACCAGAAGCGGGCCCAGGACCGUGAUGAGGAAAGAAGGCAGCAGACACUGAGGAGUGACCCAGUAUCUCCAACCAUGGCCCGGAACAGAGACCCUAAGAAGGAUGAUUAUUCCAAGGAGGAGAUGGCAGUGGCCACAGAUGCUACAGCCUUGGUGGAUGAGCCGGAGUCCAUGGUGAACCCGGGAUUUAUCCAGAACGACUCCUGUGAGAAAGGGCCGGACUCCCCAGUGGCCCUCGUGUACCUGAACGAAAUCCGCAGAGACAUCUCUGCAGGACUCUUCUGCAAGCAAAACUUGACACUUAUUAGUCCAUACACUAAUUUGUAA